GUAGCCGGAGUAGCCGCAAAGACUACCUGUAGGUGAAGCCCCACAGCCUUACGCCAGAGAAGACUAGCUACCUGAGCAGCCUGGUAUUUUCCCAAUUUAGCACCUUUGCAUUUGCUGGUGAUUUCUGCUUGGUUCCUGUCCACUGAAAACAAUCGCACAUCUGAGAGCUGUGAGUUCAGUUUUAUUUGGGUACUUAACUGGGGACUCUAGCCCUGGAGACAGCUGCUCUGACAACUCUGAGAAACUGCUUCUCCUUGGAAGAGAUUUGUGAAAUAGUGUGACCCUGUUUGACGUUUUCCAAACCCACCAGGAUGGAAACCGAAUACCUGAAGAGAUGCUUUGGAAAUUGCCUGGCCCAGGCGCUGGCAGAGGUGGCAAAGGUUCAGCCCAGUGACCCCAUAGAGUACCUGGCUCACUGGCUUUAUCAUUACAAGAAAACGGCGAUGGCAAAAGAAAAGGAUAGGCAAGAGAAGAUCCAGCUGCAAGAAGAAUAUGAAAAUAGCCUCAAAGAAACCAGAGUGACAGAAAUGCUGAUGCAAGAAGAGUGUGAGAUUCAACAGAAGUGUGAAAAGUGUCAUCCCGUGCCACUGAUAUCUGUAGCGAGUUCCACAAAGAAGACCAUGUUCAUGCAGGAGAACACAAAACCCCUUGAGAAGGAAGCCUUGAAGCAGGAAUCCCUGCCAGGAACUUCCAGUAUGAUUCCAGGAAUGCCUCAACAGAUUCCUUCUUCAGAGCCAUCUGUCCAGGUUGACUGGAACACUGAAACUCCACAAGACAUAAAUUACCAGGCUUUUCAGCAUGAAAUUGCUUCUGAAAUGCAUCCUGGCUCCAAAUCUCCUCCCUAGGUUAUAGAAGGUAGAUGAUUCUAGUGAUGCUUCUCUCAAAGCUGCAAGCUGAGAAAAUGGCCAGCUAGAAGAGCUCUUACUUGAAGAUGAUUAACUAUGUGGAUUAAACCAAGAUAUGAGAGGCCGUGGAAGGAGGUGUCUGCAGGGACUCUCCAGCACAAGUCCUGUCCUGACAGCCAUGAAAACCCCUUAAUCAUGUGAAGAUUUGAACUACUUAUAGGAUAAAAUAACUCAUAAUAAGGAUUUCAAAUAAGUAACCAGGGCCUCCCUGGUGGCGCAGUGGUUAAGAAUCCUCCUGCCAAUGCGGGGGACAUGGGUUCGAGCCCUGGUCCAGGAAGAUCCCACAUGCGGUGGAGCAACUAAGCCUGUGCGCCACAACUACUGAGCCUGUGCUCUAGGGCCCAUGUGCCACAACUACUGAGCCCACGUGCCACAGCUACUGAAGCCCGUGUGCCAAGAGCCCGUGCUCUGCAACAAGAGAAGCCACGACAAUGAGAAGCCCGCGCACCGCAACGAAGAGUAGCUCCCAUUCGCCACAACUAGAGAAAGCCCACGUGCAGCAAUGAAGACCCAACACAGCCUAAAUAAAUAAAUAAAAUACAUUUAUAAAAAA